UUAGAUAGGUCUCUUCGCUGUGUAAAUCGUAAAACGUAAUUUAAGGUUAUUAACAAAGUAUCGAGAAAUAAUUGUUAAAAUGUUAUCGCUAAUAAGACGUUAUGAAACCCAAAAUAUUAUAACGUCAUUAAAAAUCAUGAAACUUUCGUUAUCAUCUUCUGCGAGCAUCGAUGAUGAUAUAGAAUUUCGGGUAUUGAGAAUACUACCAAGUGAAAAGAAAGCUACAAACAAAAAGUUAGAAACAAACACAAUUGUGGAUAUAUUAACUAAAACUAGAAGUAAAGUAUCAGCUAAUCAAGAUUGGCAGACAACUUGGCCUGCUGCGCGAACAUUUCAUCCUGAUAUCGUACCAUUUCCUUUACUACAAGGAUAUAAAAAUAAGAAAGGUAUACAUCCUAACAAAUAUGCAAAUGCAGAGUUAUUGAAAAUUCCAAACUUCUUACAUCUUACUCCACCUGUUAUUAAAAAACAUUGCGAAGCAUUAAAAAAAUUUUGUACGAGAUGGCCAGAAGAAUUGGAAACAGAUGAAGCAUGUGUAAAAUACUUUCCUGUUGAAAUAAUUACAUCUGAUUAUUGUUAUUCUUCUCCUACAAUAAGAGAACCUCUUGCUAGAAUAGUUAAUUUGAGAGUAAGACUAUCCUCUUUGCAUUUAGAUGCUCAUGCUAAAGAUAAAUUACUUAGGUUAGUGGGUGAUAGGUAUAAUCCUAACACAGAUAUAAUAACAAUAACUGCAGACAGAUGUCCAAGUAGAAAACAGAAUUUAGAUUAUGUAAAGUACCUACUAACUGCAUUGUUUCAUAUAUCUUGGCGUUUUGAACCAUGGGAAACAGAAAAAUCUGAAGUAGAUAUGGAAUAUUAUGACUGGGAUAAAAGUAAAAGCAGAAAAUCUUUAACGUCCUUGUAUAGUUGGCCAAAAAUGCCAACUGAUCCCAACUAUGAAUACAUCCCACAUGCAACAGAAUAUAAAAUUGCAGUUUCUGAUUUAAUAAAUAAAGGAGAAGAUCAAUUUUCAAUCAAUAAAUACAGACAAGCUGUUAAAAAUGUGUUAAACCUAAAGUCUUAUGAUUUUAAAAAUAAGUAAAGAAAAGUAAAGAAUAAAUAAAUAAAAAUA